GAGGCAAUUCCAUGUGCCCACAUGGCAUUGCUUUGCUCAUAAUACUCUCUCUCUUCUCUUCUCUUCCCACCUUCUUCCAUAUACAUGUUGUUACACCACAUACAAACUCUCAACUCUCCUUACACAACAACAAGUACUUCUUUUUGUACCAAUUUCAUCUACUGUUUUGUGUAAAAAUCCAAUCUUUACAACUCUGCAAAAUCAAGAAUUUGCUACAAAAUGGAGAAAGGCAGUGAUGGAUUUGUAAGAGCAGAUCAAAUUGAUUUGAAGAGCUUAGAUGAACAACUAGAAAGGCACCUUAUUAGAGCAAGAACUAUGGAGAAGAAUAAGAAGAAACCACAAGAUGAUUCUUGCAUUAGCUACAACACUUCAAGUAUACUGUCCAACCAACCUACUACCCCCACCAUCAACCCCAACCCCAACCCCACCCUUUCUUUGUUUAGUUCUUCUGUUCCUAGGCAAAGAUAUGACUGGGAAAUUGACCCUGCAAAGCUUAUUAUCAAAACUGUUCUUGCUCGUGGAACCUUUGGUACUGUCCACCGUGGGGUUUAUGAUGGCCAAGAUGUUGCUGUUAAACUACUGGACUGGGGGGAAGACGGCCACAGGACAGAAGCUGAAAUAGCGUCACUACGGGCAGCGUUUACUCAAGAAGUUUCAGUGUGGCAUAAACUCGACCAUCCCAAUGUAACCAAGUUCAUUGGGGCUACCAUGGGGGCUUCUGGUCUAAAUAUACAAACAGAAAAUGGUCAUAUUGGCAUGCCUAGUAAUAUAUGUUGCGUUGUUGUGGAAUAUCUUCCGGGCGGUGCUUUAAAAUCUUACCUUAUCAAGAACAGAAGAAAGAAGCUAGCAUUCAAAGUUGUAGUGCAGAUGGCACUUGAUUUGGCCAGAGGGUUAAGUUAUCUUCACACACAGAAAAUUGUGCAUAGAGAUGUUAAGACGGAGAAUAUGCUGUUGGACAAGACACGUACUGUAAAGAUUGCAGACUUUGGGGUUGCACGAGUUGAGGCCUCUAAUCCUAAUGAUAUGACCGGGGAGACAGGAACCCUUGGCUAUAUGGCUCCUGAGGUUCUCAAUGGUAACCCAUACAACAGAAAAUGCGACGUGUACAGUUUUGGCAUAUGUUUGUGGGAGAUAUACUGUUGUGACAUGCCAUAUCCUGAUCUCAGUUUCUCAGAAGUGACUUCAGCGGUGGUUCGCCAGAAUUUGAGGCCAGAAAUACCAAGAUGUUGCCCAAGUUCCCUUGCUAAUGUGAUGAAACGAUGCUGGGAUGCUAAUCCUGAUAAGCGGCCUGAGAUGGAUGAGGUAGUAUCCAUGAUAGAGGCUAUUGACACAUCCAAAGGGGGGGGAAUGAUCCCCGUUGAUCAACAACAGGGCUGUUUCUGUUUCCGGAAGCGCCGUGGACCUUGAACACUCAGAAUCCAUGCAGAUAUACACAUAAAGAAGUAGGUUAAUUCUAUCUCAGCUACCAAAUAUUUCAGAGUACUGAACUUAUACAGUGCCAAAUGCUCCUGGUGUUUGUGGAUAUUGGCUGGCAAAUUGGGCUCUGCAUUUCUCAAUUUAGAUGGUGUAAAGCAUAUACCUUUCUUUUUAUCUUCUUCAUUUCACUUGUAGUUGUUUUGUUUUACUUAUUUUAAAUUUAUAAUCUUCCCCAACAUUUGACAUUGGUGGCUUGGAUAUCAAAUGAACCACCUUCUUCUAUGUAAGAUUUACUCAAGGAUAAUAGUCAAAACAAAUUGAGGGAAUUUACAACAUUCA